AGCUGAUUGUGUUGUUUUAUUACGCGGAAAAGUUGUUCUUAAAAAUAAUUAGUUAAUAAUUAAAUUCCAAUAUAUUUUAUUACUGUUUUAAGCAAUUUAAACAAUACAAGCUUCAAGAACGUAAAGGAAAUGUAUCCUGUUUUAAUUAAAACUGCUUCGAAAAAUUUUAUUCUACAAACUGGCAAAACUGUCUGUGCAAAUUUUUUACGUUAUUCCAGCGACAUUUCAAACGAAAUUGAGCUUCCUCCCGAACCGACAACAUGCUGUAUGUCCGGUUGUGCAAAUUGUGUUUGGAUCGAAUAUGCUGAGACUGUGGCGAAAUUAAUGGAUGGAAAUUGCGAUAAAGCGCGUCAAUUAGUUCUUAAUAAAAUUCAAGAUCCAAAUUUAAAAAUGUUUUUAGCCAUCGAAUUGAAAAAUAUUCAAUAUAAUUUGGAGCAAAGUAGAAAUACGAAUGUAACAGAAGACGACAAAGAUAAGGAGAAAUAAUUUCAAUUUUACUUUAGUUAAUUUAUUUAUUAAAAGUUUUAUAGUAGUUUGUAUAUAAUUUGCACCUAGUUAAACUGCUUAUAAUAAAAUAUAAAGAAUUUCUUAUUUAAUUUACUAUUUUGCUCA